CUCAACAUGUUUAAAGCACCAACUGAAAUGUUUCUCUGCUUUGGCCUCAGGAGAACACAAAAUUUUACUCCUCUCUCUCUCUCUCUCUCUCUCUCUUCAAUCCCAUAAACCCCACAAAUACUCUCUCCUUCUCCGUCAUUAUGAAGAGAUUGAACUGACCUUUAAUUUCUUUUAACAUUUUCACCUUUUCAAUUUGUUCGUUCUUGGUUAAGCCUCCUGAAGGAGAUAAAAAGCUUAAUUUUUGGUUCAGAAAUUAGGUUUUUCAAGUCAAAGAAAGAAAUUUGUGGGCAUGAGGUUGAACGGAGAAACAUUUCCUGAAGCAGAAGAAGAAGAGGCGAAAGAGAGUGAAAAUUUCCAGCCACAAGAGCUUGUUGUUGGUUACGCUUUGACUUCAAAGAAGAAAAACAGUUUUUUGAAACCAAAGCUUGAAGUCUUGGCUCGAAGUAAGGGGAUUACAUUUGUUGCCAUUGACACAAACAGACCUCUGUUAGAUCAAGGUCCUUUUGAUAUUGUCUUGCAUAAGAUGUCUGGAAAGGAGUGGUGCGAGGUUAUUGAGGAUUACAGGCAGAAACAUCCAGAAGUUACUGUCCUUGAUCCUCCAGAUGCAAUAAAACACCUGUGCAAUCGGCAAUCAAUGCUCCAGGAUGUGGCAAAUCUUAACUUGUCUGACUGCCAUGGAAAGGUCUGUGUUCCAAAACAAAUGGUCAUAAAAAAUGAUCCAAUGUCAAUUCCUGAUGAAGUUUUUGAAGCUGGUCUAAAGUUGCCAAUAGUUGCAAAGCCUCUAGUAGUGGAUGGAAGUGCCAAGUCACAUGAAUUAUUUCUCGCUUAUGAUCGAUUCUCCCUUGCAGAACUUGAGCCUCCCUUGGUUUUACAAGAGUUUGUCAAUCAUGGUGGUGUACUUUUUAAAAUUUAUAUUGUUGGGGAAGCAAUAAAGGUUGUAAGGCGGUUUUCUCUUCCUAAUGUUAGUAAAUGUGAGCUAGCAAAAGUUGUUGGUUUGAUACCUUUUCCAAGGGUUUCAUCUGCUGCAGCUUCUGCAGAUGAUGCAGAUUUGGACCCUGGCAUUGCUGAACUUCCUCCUCGACCGUUGCUGGAAAGGCUUGCAAGGGAACUCCGUCUUCGGCUGGGUCUGCGGUUGUUCAACAUCGAUAUGAUCCGUGAUUAUGGGACCCGAGACGUCUUUUAUGUCAUUGACAUCAACUACUUUCCUGUCUCUCUCCACAACACAUAAGUGCCCCUAAAGAUGUGAAGGAAAGAUAUUUAAAUCCAUGGUACGGGAAGAUGCCAGAUUAUGAGCACAUUUUUACAGAUUUUCUAGUGAGCCUAGUGCAGAGCAAGUAUAUGAAGAGACCUAAUACUUGAAUGUUCCAAAUUGUAGGUUUAGGUCUCCUCUGGAAACUCAAAUUUGGUUUUAAGUUACAUAUUUGACUGGCGUGAAAAGCUUUUGCCUAAGCACAACCAUUUAAGCAUAUACAUACAAGGUUCUCAGUACAAAUUCAGCCAUAUCAAGUAUAAAUGAAGCAAUCAAAUUGAGGGGUGCAUCUCAAUUCGGAAGUCCUUUAUUCCUCUAAAACCAAUCAGAGCCGAUGGGGGCUCGGCUUUAUUAUUGUUUGCUUUAACUUACAUGAAUGAUCACUCUCGAUGAGAAGUUACUAAAUAUUUUUUGAUGAUUUAA